CAAUAUUACAAUGUUUCAAUGAAAUCAUUCUACAAUGUUCCUGCAAUCUCUCUGUGCUGUAUGACAUAAUAUUGAUUAUGAACUUACUUUUAUGAUUAUCUCUACUAAAAGAAAUAGUUUUUAAAUUUAUUUUAUUAAUAUUUUUGAGAGUACAAUAAUUUUUGUUCAAAUACGAUAAUUUUUAGCGCCAUAUACAAUAAGCGCCCUCUCGAAACAUGGGAACGCUGAACGCUGACAUGUAGUGGGUAGGUUAAGGUGACAGGUUUCCUAACCUGUCAAUAUAUUUGGGUUUGCGAAGCAGACACAUCGCGUAAACAACCGUGCAUGCUCGUGUCUCUCUCUCGUUUCGUUUAGCUACUUUCGCGAAAAGCGCGAUGCGUGAGCUACAGUCGGUUCAUGGUACAUCCUCGUGAUCUCUCGACGAGGACAGCACAUGUCAAGAACGCUUUCGAGGACAGCACGUGGUGUGUUAGUGGACGGAAGUGGUGGUCGACGACGAAGAAUGUUAUUUACUGCGGAUGGAGCUAAGGAUUUGAUAUUACGACUUUAAUUUUUUUUAUUUUAAAUUGGUAUACAAACCGAGCAUCCAGUAUCUUAUCAUUACUUCAGAAGAAGGACACUCAAGGAACAUAAUGAAAAAGGCAUCGAUUUUUUUCGUUCUGAUUGCCAUCAUCAUCGGCCUAUUACAACUAUACCUACCAAACAAAUACAACAACCUUUACGGCAAUGAUACAGAUGGAUCAAGAUUAAUGAAUGUAUUACGACUGGGCACGGGAAUCUGGAAUUUUUGGAAACAGAGUCAACGUUAUUCAGCCGAACAAGUACCGGACAUGACACCGCAAUCCGGAGACACGUACGAUUUCAUAGUGAUUGGCGCUGGAACUGCCGGUGCGGCUAUAGCCUCGAGAUUGAGCGAGGUUUCUUCGAUUAAAGUGUUACUGAUCGAAGAUGGACCCCAUGAAAGCCUAUACAUGGAUAUCCCGCUAAUAGCGGGUGCUCUUCAAAAAACCAACAUCAAUCGAGAUUAUCGAAGCAAGCCAUCCGAUAAAUACUGUCAAGGUAUGAAUGGCAAAAGUUGCGUUUUAUCAACAGGAAAAGUAGUUGGCGGUAGCAGUGUAUUGAACUUUAUGAUCGCCAACAGAGGAUACAGUGAGGAUUAUGAUCAUUGGGCCAAGAUGGGAAACGAUGGCUGGGCAUACAAGAAUGUUCUGAAGUAUUUUAAAAAAUUAGAAACAAUACACGUACCAGAGCUAGAGUCGGAUACUGUUUAUCAUGGUACCGAUGGACCAAUGCACAUCAGCUACCCAGAAUUUCGCACGCCGUUGGCAAAAAUAUUUCUCGAAGCAGGCAAAGAACUAGGAUAUCCAAUAGUAGAUUACAACGAAAAGAACAAAAUAGGUGUCUCAUAUUUACAGACCACAACUUUCAACAGUACUCGCAUGAGCAGCAAUAGAGCAUACUUGCAACCCAUACGCGAUCGCAGCAAUCUUCAUUUGACUGUUGAGAGUACGGUGACAAAAGUGCUAAUCGAUCGUGCUACAAAUCAAGCAAUCGGUGUAAAGUUCGUAAAAAAUGAUAAAAUUAUACGUGUGUUUGCGAGUAAAGAAGUGAUUCUAUGCGCAGGCGCUAUCGGAUCAUCACAAUUGUUAAUGCUGUCGGGUAUUGGACCAGCGAAACAUCUUACCAAAUUAGGUAUUGAUGUCGUGCAAGACGCGCCAGUCGGCGAGAAUCUUAUGGAUCACGUAGCCUUUUUUGGAUUAACGUGGACAAUAAAUGCAUCAAUAAGUAUAGUAAUAUCUGAACAGGUAAAUCCUAUCAAUCCAUACGUAACGGAUUUUUUAUUAAAGCAAAAAGGACCAUUCACAAUUCCAGGCGGAUGCGAGGCCGUCGGAUUCAUCAAUACAAAACAACCAGAAAAACAUAAUGGUCUGCCGGAUAUCGAAAUGUUGUUUUUUAGUGGUUCAUUUAAAGAAGACUACACUAUUUCAGAAGUAAUGAAUCUAAAAAAUUCUAUACGUCAGGAAUGGAGCAAGUACAGUGGCACAUAUGGUUGGAGCAAUGGGGUAGUAUUGUUGAAACCAAAAAGUCGUGGUCGGAUAACGCUAUUGGCUAACGACAUUAAUGUUAAACCAGAGAUUGUGUUAAAUUAUUUUGACGAUCCAGACGAUAUGAGGACAAUGAUCGCUGGUGUUAGAACUGCAAUACGUUUCAGUCAAACGAAGACAAUGCAGGCAUUAGAUUCUCAGUUGCUAAAAAUUAAUUAUACUGAAUGCGACAAUUAUGAAUAUGAUUCUGAUACUUAUUGGGAAUGCCAAGUAAAAUUAUUAAGCUCCACGAUUUUUCAUUAUUCUGGAACUUGUAAAAUGGGAGCAAGGAGAGAUCCAACUGCUGUCGUUGAUCCUAAAUUAAAGGUAAUUGGUAUUCAAGGAUUACGAGUAGCAGAUGCAUCGAUCAUGCCAGAAAUUGUAGCAGCACAUACAAAUAUACCUGUUCUCAUGAUCGCCGAGAAGGCGGCAGACAUGAUCAAAGAAGAAUGGAAUUACUUAAAGAAUUUGUGACAAGAAUAAACUUUUAUAAAUGUAAUGUAAAUAAUGUAAAGUAAUUAUAUCAUU